AUGACAAACAGAAAACAAAGAAACUCUGAACUUCAUGCAGACUUGAGUAUUAAUGUUUCAGAAGGAUUUGGUGCUGUUGGACUCACUCAGACCUCUGUCCCAGGUUUCCUAGUUCCUCCCACUGAAUCACCCACAUGCAUGUCCACAAAAAGACAAAGGUUUGAGGUGACACAGACCCGGUUCAGCAGCCUGAGAGAAGUAACUUUCUCAGAAACAGCAGGCCUGGGGAAGCACGGCCGGUGGCUCAGAGACAGCAGCCAGAGCAUGCCUACUCGGGCCGAGGGCGGUGUCCAGCUCAGCUAUAAGCACCUUUACAAACCACACACAUUCUUCUUCUGUGGAAGGGCAAGAGCUGGAGGAUGUCAUCAGUAUCCUUUUAUCAGCUGA